UGGCAUCCCGGUAGCAGCGCUUGGGAAGCAAACUGCGCCUGGGCAGCCAGCCGGGAGGGUGAACGCCGCGUGCGACAGAAUCUUCUGGCGUGAAUGGAGAACCAAGAGUUUCUAGGUUCGUCUCCGCCGUCCGAGGUGAUCGAUGGGCAGGACUCAACAGAAAUACCUACUUGCUCUGAAGUCCAGAAGCCCAUUGUGCUCAGGAUUCUCGACACUCACAGCGACCUUGGGGAGUACGAGAAUGCCGAGGAACCCGAGAAUGGCGAGGAGCCCGAGAAGAUCAGGGAACAAGACCAGCCAGACGACUCCGAGCAAUGUGAUGAACCCUACGAGUCCUUUGAGCCCCACGCGCCUUAUGCGCCCCACGAGCCCCGGGAUUCCUGUGCACCCUACGAACUCCAUGAGCCCCGUGCAGCCCCCAAACUCCUCAAGGCCCGUGAGUCCCGCCAGGCCCGCAAAACCCGUGAGCCCCGCAAGCUCUGCGAGGCCAAGGAAACCGUGUUGCUUCCCAGCGCCGCAGCAAUGACCUCUCCAUCUCUGAUCACCAGAGUGCCGCCACGGCCUCCUCAGCUGUCUUUCCUGGGCGCGAGUCUCGUUUCCUGUGACUUUGUGAGGAAAUGUUGUUUUUCUAGGAAGAGAAUCCAAAAUCUUUCAAAGCCUAAAAAGCAAUGGGGAACUCCAGAUAGAAAACUGUUUUGGGGAAAUCAAGAUCCUAUUCGCCCUGUUUCCCAAGGUGCUUUGAAGAUUCAGCUGACCAAAAGACUUGAGAAGCUUGCCCAGCCCAAGGAAGUUUCCCACCACUAUGUACCUAACAGGCCUCAAUAUUACUACAGCUGUGGAAGAGAGUCUGUAAUUUGGCAGAUGAAUCCUCCUGCGUUGUUUAGACAACCCUCCAAAAGGCUCCAGAGGCUGGCGCAGCCCAGUGGAUUCAAAAGACAGUGUCUACUAAAUAGACCCUUCAGUGAUUACUUAACAAGAGAUUCUCUUCAAAUCUCUGAUCCUUCUCCCCGGAUAUUACAACUCUCAAUAGCCAAAGGCACAGAUCCAAAGUAUCAUCCUUCAAAAAACAUGCAAACCAACAUUUCACUGUCUACCCUGAGUGCGACUCCAAGUCCAAGAAUUGUAGAUCUUGCCCAUCCAAGGAUCAAGUUAGAGGGUCUGUGCUAUGAAAGACAAAGAACUGAACUGCCCAUCCGUCCUGUAACCCCUGCUGCCAUGCUAGCUAAACCUAGCCCCCGAACAAUAGCUCUAGCUAAGUCCAAGUCUGUUCAUCAAGAUUAUCUACCGGAUCGCGAUGCCCACUGGCCAGUAUCUUAUGCUGCUACUCAUUCCAAAGCAUCACCCAGGAUUCAGGAACUAGCUAAUCCAAAUAAGAGGGCUCCUGUGCAUAUUGUAUAUUAUGAUCCAGAUGUCUUUAAAGUUAAGCCAGCUGCUUUGAAAGCCCAUUGUCCUCAAAGGAUCCGGGAGUUGGCACAACCUCUUUCACGUUAAAUACAGAAAGCUACGUCAGACCCUGGUUAUGUAUCUAGAACACAUAUUAGAUGACUUAGUUUCCCGCUGUGAUACUGUCAGUUUACAUUCACCCCUUGCUUCUCCUCCCACAGAAUGAGACCUUUAAGGAAAACCACUAUGAUCAUCAAGUAGCAAUUGUUGCUGUUACCUGUCAUUGAAUCUUUAGCAGGCUUGAGGACUCUAGCAUGCAAUAAACGAGAAAACGAGAGGAUGCCUUAUUAUCUUUACUAUCUCCUCACAAGCAUCUUGGCUGCCUCGUUGCUGUGGCUGACCUGAAGAAACACUCUUCCUUAUAUUUGUGGGUUUUGCUUUUCCUUUCCCAGUGAGUUCCAUGUUCCCCAGUAGAUGAUCCUGCCUCAGUCCUUUCUCCAGUAAGUCCUGGGAAACGAAAUCAUUCUUUGUGUUGCUUCAGCAUCCCCUUAUUACUUAGAAAAAACACUGAAAAAGUGAAGUUCUUUUGGGAAAAUUAAAAUAUUUUUUAUAAUCUAUAAAUAUGAUUUACAACUGAAAUUUAGGGAAUAGCUUACCUUAAAUGAUGACAUCACCAAUCUGUUCCUUUACUCAUGUUCAGGGUCACUUACCAUGAAUGACAGAACAUUCUGCAAGAUAUUUGGUAAGCAUUAAAAUUCUCUGUAAAAUUGGAUCUGCGCAGAGUUUUAUUCUCUCCAUAGAUCAGUAUUUUACAAAUUA